UUUUGGAGCCCAUAUAUCUAUUUCUGAACACUGUUCCAGCAAACGCUACAUCCAAAAUGUCUGCUCGUGGAAAGGGAGGCAAGGUCAAGGGGAAGUCCAAGAGUCGCUCGUCUCGGGCAGGUUUGCAGUUCCCCGUCAGCCGUGUGCAUCGUUUCCUGCGCAGGGGCAACUAUGCUGAGCGUGUCGGUGCCGGCGCACCAGUCUACCUGGCCGCCGUGCUGGAGUACUUGACCGCUGAGAUCCUUGAGUUGGCCGGCAACGCUGCCCGCGACAACAAGAAGACCAGGAUCAUCCCCCGCCACCUUCAGCUGGCCGUCCGUAACGAUGAGGAGUUGAACAAGCUUCUGUCCGGCGUGACCAUCGCCCAAGGAGGUGUUCUCCCUAACAUUCAUGCCGUGCUUCUGCCCAAGAAGACAGCUGCGGGGUUGGGCAAGGGGAAGAAAUCUAGUCAAAGUCAAGAGUAUUGAACAGACAGUGGUCAAGAGUAACCCCGGCCCUUUUCAGGGCCACCCACACCUUCCCAAAAGAACUAUAUUAUCACUUUCAUGAAUCAUGUUUUUUCUGAUAAGACCAUGUUGAUUUUAUUAUAUUGAUGCCAUCUACGUGUGCAUGAAUAAAAAAGGAUUGGAAAAAUAUGAUACUAUUUAAUUGUCAUAGAAUGCUGAAAACAAUUCAGGAAAAUGUAAAGAAAUGAAUAUACCAUACUCUGUUUAGUCUGUCCAACCUAGAUGACCACAUAGAAAUGAAGGAAGGUUUUUUUUCCAAACUUUUUUUUAUUCGCACACUCGCAUCAGUUUUGGGGUUCUCAGGGAUGUCAUACAUAUAAUUAGAUCAACAUGGCCUAACUUAGAAUAUCAAGGUCAAAUGAGUACAAAGUUAUGGAUCUUGAGAAAAUUUUUUGUGAUGGGCAACUGUAUAAACAAUUACUAAGUACUUUGUACCUGCAUCAAGCCAUUCUUGUACAGGUCAGGAAGCAACCCAUUUGUCAUGAAUUGAUUCUACAAGUACAUCUAGGUACAGUGCUUUUGUAUCCUGAUGGCAGCCAAUGGCACAGCGGCAAAGACGGCGGUAAUUACAGAGGAUGGCACCCAAUCUAGGACGCUAGUUACUUGCAAUGAAAUACAAACACACACAGAAGUUUGUGUUACUCCAUAUCAUUUCAUCAAAAAGCUCCACAAGCAGUCUUCAAGAAAAAGUUCUGUCACUUGCUUUACUCACACAUAAGUCAGAGAAAAGUAAUUUCUGUGAAAAGUCGGUUGUAUCUGUUAUUCACUUACUGAGGAGAGCCGUCAAUACUCAAAGCAUGAUGCAUGCAUUCAUACUACUAACUUCACAUCUUAAUCGCAUUGUGAAUUAGCACAUAAGAAUAUAUAUUAGACAGAAAAUAUGAUCAUUAUGUCUAUGAUUUUCAAAAGUCAUGGUCUCAUACUUUUUACCGAUAACAUGUUAUUUUAUUUUGAUGUUAUACAUGCACCUCAGUUAUGAUUAAAAAGCAAGCUUACCACAUUGCCUAGCAGUGUGUACUAAAAUAUGGUCAUUCCCAUCAGGAAUAAAAAUUCAGGUGUACUUCUAUCACACAAGCAAAUUAGCCUGACCACACCAUGCCUCUUGCAGCCCUACCUUUAGGAGGAACUACAUAGGCUAACUAACAUAUAUAACAAUCAACAUUUCACUGAUGUUCUCAGUAAACAUUUCAAAUACUGCCUCACAUUUGACAUACAAUGUAGGUAAGCAGGUCUUGAAUCAAGAGACAGUGCAUGUGAAAGAGUGUUUAUGUGAAUUCCCCAUACAAUGGAUGUGAUGGCAAAAUAGGUGUGCUUGAUAUACAUGUAGUAUGACACAGUUUUAUUUAGAUUGCAUACCAUGCUAUGACAGUGACUGUAGAGAACUUGCUGACAGCCGCUCAUAAUCAUCCUUUGGGGAUGGGUCAAGAAGGAUUUAGAAACAUUCUCAAAAAGAAGAAAAAUACAGACAUACAUAAUAUGAGGCAGCUGAAAAAAAAUCCAUUUUAAAUAAUUUAUGACCUGACACUGAUCAAAAGGGUUUUGCAUAUUUGCCAUAUGGCCCAGCACAGCAACUACGAACAUGAAACAUGCUUGUUGACCAAUCCAUCACAUGAUUACACUGCUCAUUAUACAUGGCUGCAUCUUUCAAUCCUACAAACAUUGAACAGCAACCAAGGCCAGUUGGUGAUCAAAGGAAGUAGUAUGCAAAUUUGUGUGAUCACUUGUCAUACCAUAUGCAGGCUGACUUGUUUUUAUUUAAUUUCUAGCAUUCAAGUUCCAUCUUGGCACAUCAGCUUUAACAUGGCUUCCU